AUGGCGCCACGGAAAACUAAAGCUGUAACUGCUUAUCAACUUAGUGCGAGGGAUGUUCUAGAAGAUAUUGGAAAGCAGAUAAAAAAUGAUAUUGAUAAGAUAAAUAAUCAUAAAGAUACAUUGAAAGGCACAUUAUCAAAAGCAAUAUUUAUUGAUGCCUUGACUAGGCAAUCUGGUAUAGGAGUAAGGCCCGGUCCUUCAGAUUCUUGUAGUGUUGAUCAUAUGUUUCAUACUAAUAUAGACACUGGCUAUGAACCUGGAAGGAAUCCUUGUUAUGGUAGAGAAAGAAACCGUUUUGGUGAAAAUGCCCAAGCGUAUUGUAAUAGUGAUAAAAUAAAGGGAAAUGGAAAUAGCAGUAAUGCUACAUCAUGUGUACCAUUCCGAAGAAAAAAUUUAUGUGAUAAAAAUUUAGAAUAUUUAAAUAACAAUAAUACUGAUGAUACUCAUGAUUUAUUGGGAAAUGUUUUAGUUACAGCAAAGUACGAAGGUGACAGCAUUAUUGAUCAUCCUCCAAAUAACGAAUCUUCAGAGGUAUGUACUGCCCUUGCACGAAGUUUUGCAGAUAUAGGAGAUAUUGUAAGAGGAAGAGAUAUAUUUAAAUCUAAUCCUUCAAUAGAAAAAGGGCUAAAAGUAGUUUUUGGAAAAAUAAAUGAGGGCUUGAAGAAAAAUCAAAUUAAUGAUUAUAAUGAUAAUGACGGAAAUUACUUUAAAUUGAGAGAAAAUUGGUGGAAUGCGAAUCGAGAUCAAGUAUGGAGAGCAUUAACAUGUGUUGCUGGACAGUAUGCUAUAUAUUCUACGCAUUCAAAUAAUAAACAAUUAUUUUCGGAAGGAAAAUGCGGCCAUGGUAAUGGUCGCGAACCCCCCACAAAUCUUGACUAUGUCCCUCAAUAUUUACGUUGGUUCGAGGAAUGGGCAGAGGAGUUUUGUAGGAAAAAAAAAGGUAAGUUGGAAAAAGUUAAGGAAGCAUGUCGUAAUGAGUCAAAGAGUUUAUAUUGUAGUCUUAAUGGAUAUGAUUGUACCAAAAUUAUUUGGAAAGAACAUAAGUUUUAUAAUGAUAGUAACUGUACUAAAUGUAAUAAUGAAUGUCUUCGUUAUGAAAAAUGGGUAAAGGAUCAAAAAACGGAAUUUGAAAAACAAAGAGAUAAAUAUGAAAGCGAAAUAAAAAAAUACAAUUCAUCACGAAUAAAUUCAAAUAAUAGUUUUAAUGAUCAAUAUUAUAAGGAAUUUUAUGAAAAACUUAAAGAUAAGUAUUCAAGUGUUGAUGAAUUUUUGAAUUUAUUAAACAAAGAAAAAAAAUGUAAAAAUAUUGUUGAAGAAGAAGGGAAAAUAGAUUUUAAUAAUGUUGUGAAUACGACAUUUUCUCGUUCAGAAUAUUGCCAACCAUGCCCUGAAUGUGGGGUAAAAUGUCAAAAUGGAUCAUGUAAAAUAAACUUUGAUGGUGAUGGGAAUUGUGGGGAACCACAGAACUAUGACCCUCCUACGGAUGCCGGUACUACUGUCGUUAAUGUCCUUUAUAGUGGUUAUGAACAAAAAGAUAUUUCUGAAAAAUUAAAAGAUUUUUGUAAAUCUCGAACUACGGAAAAUGGUACAAAUAAUGAAAUAUGGGAAUGUUAUUAUAAGGAUGAAAGCGAUAAUAAAUGUAAAAUGACAAGUUCAAGGCAUAAUGGUCAAAAACAUCCUAACAUUAUGACAUUUGAUUAUUUUUAUGAUUUGUGGGUUAGAAAUUUAUUAAGGGAUACUAUAAAUUGGGAAGACGAACUUAAAACAUGUAUAAAUAAUAAUAAUCCAAAGGAUUGUAAUAUUGACUGUAACCAAUAUUGUAAAUGUUUUCAACGUUGGGUUAAAAAAAAAGAAGAAGAAUGGAGAAAUGUGAAAAAACUAUUCGGAAAUCAAAAUAGAAUCCCCAAAAAAUAUUGUAAUUAUCUUAAAAGUCUUUUUGAUGGUUAUUUUUUUCAAGUUAUUAAAGAUGUUUACAAAGGAGAAGAAAAAUGGAACAAAUUUACGGAAGAUUUAAAAAAAGAAACUGGCUUUUCUAAAGCAGAGAAAUGUAUGGAUAAUUCACAGAAUCAAAUAGAUAUAUUGAUCGAACACGUAAAAGACAAUGCCACUAAAUGUAUAACAAAUAAUCCAAUCGAAAAGUGUGACACCUCUGGAACAGCUGCCAGUUCCCUCGACCCCACUCCACCACAACCCAUUAUCCCCCCAAAUCCCUGCUCUCCAUCGAGUGGUACCACUAAAACCGUGACGGAAUUGGCUGUAGAGUGGAAAACACAGGCGAAGAGUGGUGUUAGUGGUUUGAAAGCUGAUGCAUCUCAAGGAAAAUAUGAGCAUAAAAGUAAAGCCGAUGAAUUGAAGGACAGUAUAUGUAGUAUAACGAAGGAGCAUACGAAUUAUAAAAAACGUAAUGGUUAUAGGUAUGAUGGACCAUGUACAGGGAAAGGUAAAGGUCCAAGUGAAAAUGACAAGAGGUUUGUAAUAGGAACCUUAUGGACAGACGAAGACGGAAAAGUUAUAACGCACAAAGUUCUGUUACCUCCUAGACGUCGACAUAUGUGUACAUCAAAUUUAGAACAUUUACUUCAUCCUCAUGACGGACCACUUUUACAACAAAAAGGUGAAAAGAUUAAUCAUUCGUUUUUAGGUGACGUGUUACUAUCAGCAAAAUUCGAAGCAGAAAAAAUAAAGGAACUAUAUCAACUUCCAGGGGACGAACAGGGUGUAUGUCGUGCUGUACGUAACAGUUUUGCCGAUUUAGGAGAUAUAAUUCGAGGUAAAGAUUUGUGGAAAGGAAACCGUGAUACACAAAAACUACAAAAAGAUUUGGAAAAAAUAUUUGAAAAAAUUAAAGAACAUGUUCCACAAAUCCAAAACAAAUAUAAGGAUCCUGAUGAUAUAUCAAAAUUGAGAGAAGACUGGUGGGCAGCCAAUCGUGACAAAAUAUGGCAAGCUAUGCAAUGUGGAUACAUUGGUAAAGGAUGUGAUGGUACCCCACAUGACGAUUACAUCCCACAACGGUUACGAUGGUUAACGGAAUGGAGCGAAUGGUUUUGCAAAAUACAGUCACAGGAAUAUAACAAGGUGAAACAGGCGUGUUCAAACUGUAGUGGUCUUGAUAAGGAUGGAAAAUGUACAAAUAAUGCUGAGUGUACAAAAUGUAAAACAGCAUGUACAACAUAUAAAAAAGUUAUUAAUAAUUGGAAAGCACAAUGGGAAAAAAUAGAUGCUAAAUAUAGAGAAUUAUACAAACAAGCACAAAAUGGUGGUACUACUCCCUCUAGUGGUAUUUUUCAAGAUGAGAAUGAUAAAAAAGUGGUAGAUUUCUUGAAAGAUCUACACGAUAAAAAUAAUGGAAAACGUGAAGUGUAUUCUACCGCUGCAGCGUAUGUUCAUGCCACGGAAAAAUUGGAGUGUAAUAAACAAGAGUAUUUUUGUCAAAAUCCUACUAUUAAUGGCAAUACGAAUAGUGGCGACAAGGAGUAUGCUUUUAGGGAAAAACCAUAUGAAUAUGAAAAUCAAUGUAAAUGUAAGUUGCCUCCAAAGGCUGUAUGCAAAAUAGUGGAGGAAGCACUUAACGCUAAGGAAGCAAAUGGUAGAAUACAUGGCUGCGGUCCAAAAGAUAAUUAUCCUCCUUGGAAUUGUGGAAAGCUAAAAUCAAACUCAAGAGAUGGUUCUUGUGUACCACCAAGAAGAGAGAAAUUUUGUGUAAGUCUAUUAACAAAAGACCAUGCUUUUCCUAAAAAGGAAAAUAUAAGAGAAGCUUUUGUUAAGUCAGCUGCUAUAGAAACACAUUUUUCUUGGAAUAAAUAUAAAACUGAUAAUGAUAAAGCUGAAAGUGAACUAAAAAGUGGAAAAAUUCCUGAAGGUUUUAAAAGACAUAUGUAUUAUACUUUUGCUGAUUAUAGAGAUAUAUUUUUUGGAACAGAUAUUACUUCACAUGACAAUAUUCUAAAGGUAUCAGACAAUGCAAAAAACAAAUUGAAAGAAGGAAAUGAUAAAGAAGAACGUGGUUCAGAAGACGACGAUAAAAAACUUCUUAACGCGUGGUGGGAAAAUAAUCAUAAGGAUAUCUGGGACGGAAUGUUAUGCGCUUUAAGUUUUAAUUAUAGUACAAAAAAGGUUGAAGAUAGUGCCCACCAAAAUCUCAAAUCCAAAUACUCCUACGACAAACUCAAAAAUAGUGGUACCAAUAUCGAAACUUUUUCCCAAACCCCGCAGUUUUUGAGAUGGUUUACAGAGUGGGGGGACGAAUUUUGUACUAUACGUGGUAAAAAGGAAAAGGAAGUAGAUCAGAAAUGUAAUUACGAUCAUGAUGGAUGUGAAGAAAAGAAUAAAGAUGGUGAUUGUGGUAAAGCGUGUAAGGAAUAUAAAGAAUAUAUAGAAAAAAAAAAAGUAGAAUAUGAAAAACAAAAAAGGAAAUAUAAUGCUGACAAAAAAAAAAAUCCUUUACCUGAAGGCUAUAAUGAAGCAAAAACUAAAGAAGUCCAUGAAUAUUUGAAAGAAAAAUGUUUGGAUCGUCAAUCUGAUUGUCUCUCUGAUAAGUUUAGUGAUGAUAAGAAAUGGGAAAACAUCUAUGAAACAUUCGAUAUUAACAACCUUAAAUAUAAAUGUGAAUGCCCUAUACCUCCUGAACCUAGCUAUUGUGUAGAGAAAACAGCAAAAGAUAUAAGAAAAGAGAGAGGGAAAAUGUCUGAUAAUAGUUUGAAAGGAAAUGGGACAAAUUAUAAUGGUAAUUGUAAUGAAGUAGAUAAGGUUAUUGAUAACGAUGGAAAUUUUAAGAAAAUUAAUGAAACGAAAUUACAAGAAGUUUUUAAGUUCAAUGCUGAAUGUCCCCAAGAAGGAAAUAAACGUUUUGUUUUGGAUAAAUAUUGGGAAUGUAAUGAAAAAAUAUCAGAUAUAAACACAAAUUUAUGUGUUCCUCCAAGACGGAAACAUAUGUGCUUAAAUGGUUUAAGAAAUAUAGAUACUUCUAAUAUUAAUGAUAGUAAUAAUUUACUUAAAGAAGUACAAAAUGUUGCUAAAAAUGAAGGAACAGAUAUAUUAAAAAAAGUUCAAACAAAAAAUGACCUUGAGUUUCACCGAAUAUGUGAUGCUAUGAAGUAUAGUUUUGCCGAUUUAGGAGAUAUACUUAGAGGAAGGGAUAUUUUGUUAGGUAAUGAUAAUAAAAUAGAGAAAGAAUUACAAACGAUUUUUUCACAAAUACAAAAUUCAAAUGGAGAUUUUCAAAAAAAAUAUCCUAGAGAAAAUGGAGAUACCAAAUAUACUAAAUUAAGGGAAGCGUGGUGGGAUGCAAACAGAAAAGAAAUAUGGAAAGCUAUGACUUGUGCUGCUCCUAACGACGUUAAACGUUAUAUAACAGAAGAUGGAGGUGAUUUUAUGCGAUUAACCCGUAUGCAAAGUAAAUGUGGACAUAAUGAUGUACCUCCCGAUUAUGAUUAUAUCCCUCAAACUUUAAGAUGGAUAGCUGAAUGGAGCGAACAUUUCUGUAUGUAUCAAAACCAUUUAUUGGAAACGAUGAAAUUUUGUGAGAAUUGUAAGAAAAUCAAGGACAAAAAUGGAGAGUGUAAACAGACAAAAUAUGCAGCUUGCAGGGAAUGUAAAACAAAAUGUGAAGAAUAUAGGAACUUUGUAGACAAUUGGAAAAAACAAUUUGAAAUACUGAACGAGGCGUACAAAGAAAUAUAUACCAAAGCUACAAGUAAGGGAGGUACUAGUAAUGGUAUUGAUGAAAAUACUAAAAAUUUUGUAAAAAAAUUGAAAGACAAAUGCAAAGAUAUUGAUACUGCAGAUAAAUAUCUUCAAAAUGGAAGUGAUUGUCGAAGAUUUAAAUUUGGAGAAAGUGAUAAGGGUAAUAUAAAUUAUGCUUUUCAUACAGAACCUCCUAGGCAUAAAGACGAUUGUGAGUGUGCAAAAAAUUUUGAUCCAUUAGAUGAAUGUCCUGUUGAGAACAAACAUUGUGAAAAAUAUGGUACAGGUAGUUGUCAAAAAAAAUCUCAGAAAGAUUUGGAAGAAUGGAAUAAUUAUUUUGUAAAAACAAAUAUAAGUAAACGUGAAGCUGUAAUGGUCCCUCCUAGAAGAAAGAAACUAUGUCUUGGUAAUUUGAAAAUACUACAUCAUGGUCGAUUAAAAACAAAGGAAAAAUUUAAAGAAUCUAUUCUUAACGAUGCAUUCGACGAAGCAAAAAAUUUAUGGGACCUGUAUUCUACUGAUCAAAAAAAGGCACUUGAAUCAAUGAAAUAUAGUUUUGCAGAUAUUGGUAAUAUGGUAAAAGGAGAUGAUAUGUACGACGAUGGAAUAUCGGACAAAAUAAAAGAUAUAAUUAAUAAAAUAAACAGUAAAAUACCACAUGAUGCCGAUAAAGUUCAUAGUCGUAAAUGGUGGGAAGAAAAUAAAGAAAAGAUCUGGAAUGUUAUGAUGUGUGAAUAUAAGGUAAAGGACAAAAAAGAUGAUAAUUGUCCAUCACAUGAUAACAUAGAUAAAGAAAAUCAAUUUUUACGGUGGAUGAAGGAAUGGGCCCAAUAUUUCUGUAAAGAAAAAAUAAAAGAAGUAGAAAAAGAAAUAGAUCAAUGUAGAAAAAAACUUAGGGACGAAGGAUAUUCUCGUGUUGAUGAUAUUCAAAAUGGUCCUUGUAAAUCAGUAUUAGAUAAAUAUGAAUAUUUUUUCCAUAACAAAAGUCUUGAAUGGACUAAAUUAUCUGAUAAAUAUGAAUCAGAUUAUUCAUCACAGUAUAAAUCUAGUUCUUCCUUAAUGCCAACAAGUGUUGAACAGUACUUAAGUAAACACUGUCCUGAAUGUAACUGUAACUUUGAUCAAAUAGAACAAAAAUAUCAUAAUAAUGGUAACGCCAUUUCGGUAUUUGAAGAUAUAUUGCAACAAAAUAAAUUUAAAAAAGGAUCAGUUAAUAAUCUAGAUGAAGAUAUUCCUUCUCUACCUCCAGCAGCACCUGAACAGGAUUCAGACAAAGUUCCUUUAACUCCACCAAAACCUGUACCAAAAGCUGACAUAACACCACUACCAAAUGACCAACCAACAAAUACUAAUAUUUUGACAUCAACUAUCCCUCUUGGAAUUGCUUUGGCCUUGAGUUCUAUAGGGUUUCUUUUCCUGAAGCGUAAAACUAAAACUUCUCCUGUGGAUAUUUUCCGUGUUCUGGAUAUACCACAAAAUGAGUUUGAUAUCCAUACAACAAAAUCGUCCAACAGAUAUGUGCCCUACAAAAGUGGCCGUUAUGCUGGGAAAACAUACAUUUACAUGGAAGGAGAUGAAUCGGAUGAUUAUAGUUAUUUUCGUGAUAUAUCUUCAUCGGAUAUUACUUCUUCAUCAGAAAGUGAGUAUGAAGAGAUGGAUAUGAACGAUAUAUUUGUACCACAUACAACAAAAUACAAAACUUUAAUUGAAGUAGUACUGGAACCAACAAAACGACACGGUGAUAAAUCUAGUGAAACAUAUAUCAAUAAACUUACGGAUAAGGACUGGAACGAACUAAAACAGGAAUUUAUAUCCAACAUGUUACAAGAUUCUCAAAUGGAUAUAUCUAGAUUUAAUAUAAAUGAAACUACUUAUAUGGAUACCGCACCUAAUAUUUUAGAUAUUAAUCCUCAAGAAAAACCAUUUAUUAGAUCUGCUCAUGAUAGAGAUUUAUAUAAUGAUAACGAAAUUACCUAUAAUAUUUUAAAUAAUCAUAUACCAAUUUAUAGUGACAAUAAUGUGUAUAGUGGUAUUGAACUAAUCAACGAUUCGUUAAAUGAUAAUAAUAUUUAUGACGAAUCAAAUUUGUUUAAUAAGUGGUUAUAUAAUCAUAAAAAUAUGUGUGAUAAAUGGGAUAAAAUUGAAAAAGAGGAAUUGUUAGAUAAAUUAAAACAUGAAUGGAACAAAGAAAAUAAUAAUUAUAGCAAUAUCGGUGUUAUUAGUGACGGUAACACAUACAAUAGUCAAAAAGAAAUGAUGAAUAAUGAUGUUUCUAUAGAAAUAGAUAUGGAUGAUCCUAAACCUAUAAACCAAUUUACAAAUAUAGAUAUCUUCCCUAAAAAAUCUACUAUGGAUACUAUCUUGGAUGAUCUGGAAAAAUAUAGUGAACCCAACUAUGAUAUUUAUGAAGAUGAUAUCUAUUAUGAUGUAGAUGAUGAUAAAACAUCUGUGGAUAUUAAUAAUAUGGAUAAAGUUGAAAUGAAUGCAAAUAAUAAGCAGAAGUUACUACAAGAGCAAUAUCCUAUAUAG